AUGCGAAUUAUCCACGGGAAUGGUUAUUCAGAUGAAGAUAAACGGGCUCAUAUUCGACUAGUCUAUCAAAAUGUCUUCAUGGCCAUACAAUCAAUGAUUCGCGCUAUGGACACACUCGGCAUCGAAUUCGGUGAUCCUUCAGAAGAGUUACAAGAGAAGGCUGCAGUCGUACGAGCUGUGGAUUUCGAAAGUGUGACUUCAUUUGAAGAACCAUAUGUUUCCUAUAUAAAGGAACUAUGGGAGGACAGCGGCAUCCAAGAAUGCUACGAUCGUCGACGUGAAUACCAGCUCACUGAUUCUGCCAAAUAUUAUUUGUCUGAUCUUCGACGAUUAGCAGUGCCGGACUAUUUGCCGACAGAACAAGAUAUUCUGCGGGUUCGAGUGCCCACGACCGGUAUCAUAGAAUAUCCUUUCGAUUUGGAACAGAUUAUAUUUAGGAUGGUUGACGUUGGAGGACAGCGAUCUGAACGACGGAAGUGGAUUCAUUGCUUCGAGAAUGUUACAUCUAUUAUGUUCCUCGUAGCUCUCUCAGAAUACGAUCAAGUUCUAGUCGAAUGCGACAACGAGAAUCGCAUGGAAGAGUCAAAGGCGUUGUUUAGAACAAUUAUAACAUAUCCGUGGUUUACAAACUCGUCUGUCAUUCUCUUCCUUAACAAAAAAGACUUAUUGGAAGAGAAAAUAUUAUACUCACACUUAGCAGACUAUUUUCCUGAAUAUGACGGUCCACCGCGAGACCCGAUAGCUGCGCGCGAAUUUAUCUUGAAAAUGUUUGUCGAUUUGAACCCGGACGCCGACAAGAUCAUCUACUCCCAUUUCACCUGCGCAACAGAUACGGAGAACAUCCGUUUCGUGUUCGCUGCUGUUAAGGACACGAUUCUGCAGCAUAAUCUCAAGGAGUAUAAUCUGGUGUAG